AGUCUGAGGAGGCUUGUGCUUGACGUCUCUCCUGCUCUAUAUCUCAGUCCGAGUACUGGAACUGUACUACCCCUAGAGGAAUAUUGCCUAAGUACGGAUUUACUGGUCUAGACUACACACAUCAACUAUGUUUUCAACUAUGUUUUCUCUGCGAUCCGUCAUUCUGUGUGCCACACUCCUGCUCACCAUAGCUUGCCACUUCACAGCGCUUUGCUCAGAAUUAAACAGCACCCAAGCUGACAGCAAUGUAACCUUCUCCGGGGACCAGGGAUCUGAUGGAACAGGGAGUGCUGUGGAAGUUAACUGGGAAGAAGAGGAAGAACAUGAGGAUAAUCUCUCCAUUUUGGGAUUUAUAACAGACGAUUCUAUACGUGUUGAACCAGUGGUAAAGCCGGAGAAUCCCAAAAAAAACGGAGAAAAGAAGAACUCUGAAAAGAAAAAGAAGAAGGAAAGAGGGGAUAAGAAAAAGAAGAAGAAGAAGAAUCCCUGCCAAUCCACCCAUAAAGAUUAUUGCAUUCAUGGUGAAUGUAAAUACUUAGCCAACUUGCAAGAAGUGACAUGCAGAUGUCAGCCAGAAUACUUUGGUGAACGGUGUAGCGAACAGUCCAUGAAGACACGGACAGAGGGAGACUUAAGCGACAGGUCAACAAUAGCACUAGCAGUUGUAGCAGUCCUGUUGUCAACAAUCAGCAUUACUGCCAUCAUUAUUAUCAUUGUUGUACAUACAAGAAGGAAAUAUGCUUCCUAUCAAGGUGAAGUGGAAGAAAAAAAGAGAUUAGGUCAAGAAAAUGGAAGUGAAGAGAUUGAUGUGUGAAGUGAAA